GACCAGUGUGAACUGCUUGGUCCAGUGUCAAUUUUGAUACAGUCGUUAUUAGGACUGAUUGCCAUUUCAUCAUUAAUGGUUAAAAGACUAUAUGAACAUCCUAAGAGACCUUGGAAAGUAUGGUUUUAUGACGUUUCAAAACAAGUGUUUGGUGCUUUGGGUAUUCAUUUAUUAAAUUUGACUGUUUCAUUGCUCAAAUCCAAAAAAGCUCUACUAAUGCUUACACAACAAGAUGGUGGAGGAGAUGAGGAAGAUCAUAAUCAAUGUGAUUGGUAUUUUUUAAAUCUAUUGAUGGAUACAACAAUAGGUGUUCCUGUAUUAUGGCUUUGUUUAUUUGCGGUGUAUCAAGUUUGUGAAUGGCUCCAGAUAUCAGAGAUCGAAAGUGGUAACUACGGUAAACCUCCAAAAUUCAGCUCAUAUUUGAAACAAUUGACAAUUUUCUUUAUUGCUGUGCUAAUGAUGAAAGGUAUACUUUAUCUACUACUAUAUAUCCCAAUUUUCAUUAUGUAUGCUGAUUGGAUCUUGAGUUUUUCAGAUGACUUCCCCAACCUGCAGAUCGUUUUGGUGAUGUUGGUAUUCCCAACCAUAUUAAACUGUUUCCAAUACUACGUUAUUGAUAGCAUAAUCAAAUUUCCAAGUUCCAGU